UUGAAAGGGCUGAGCAAAUGAUGCAGCAAUCUAUUCCCGACUCCGAGCAGCCUUCACAGGUAGAGACUACAAGGGAACUAAAUGUAGAAGAUGGAACUAAGAUAGGAUUUUCUCUCGGGUCAUCAGCUAAACCUGUGACCAAGGAGAAAGGUGAGGCGUCAAGGAUAGUGUUUGAUGAGGUUGAUGAAGAGAAACAUGAGGAGAGGAAUCCCAAAAACAAUUUGAAGAGGAAAGAAAGUGGUGGUGGAAAAUCAACUUUGGAAGAAAUGAUCAAGGAGGAAGAGAGGAAAAAGGAAAAACUCAACAGGAAGGAUUAUUGGUUGCACGAGGGAAUUGUUGUUAAGGUUAUGAGCAAAGUCUUGGCAGAGAAAGGGUACUACAAGCAAAAGGGUGUUGUGAAAAAAGUGAUUGACAAGUACGUCGGGGAAAUAGAAAUGCUAGACAACAAGCAUGUGCUCAGAGUUGAUCAGGAAGAGCUUGAGACUGUGAUACCACAGGUUGGGGGCCGAGUCAAAAUAGUCAACGGGGCUUAUCGUGGAUCACUUGCUAGACUACUCGGGGUGGAUACAGAUCGUUUUUGCGCUAAGGUGCAGAUAGAGAAAGGUGCUUAUGAUGGCAGGGUGCUUAAAGCUGUGGAAUAUGAAGACAUUUGUAAAGUAGCCUAAUGAGUUUAAUGGAAUGAUAAUUUUUGUUGAUUCUGUUAAGUUUCAGGAGUUGGAAAGUUUGUUCUGUAUUAUGUAGAAGCUCUAGACUCUAGUGCCAUCUUUAUACCAUAAAUGAAUUCAUGGUGAUUAUCUUUUCUUAUAUUGGAAUUGGA